AUGGAAUUAAGACUAAGGUGUGAUGAUGAUGAUGAUGAUAAUUAUACAUUGCGAUAUCCAUCUCAAGCACAUCGAUACCAUACAAUGUUUAGACACCGCAUUGUUCUUCUGUCUCUCAAAAAUUUGGAAUACCAUACAAAUGAAAGAAAGACAAAUCCCUAUAAAAUCACACUCUACAGAUUACAUAUUAAUGAUAUUACAGUGAAUGGUCAAACUACAAGAUUUAAAAAUGCAUAA